AUGCGUCGGGCUCGACCGCCUGGACAAGACAACACACGGCUGGCGGCACAGCCUAUGGCGGCGAACGGCCCUGCGCUGGACGGCCGAGGAGGGGUUUGUGGUUCUGCUAAGACAGACAAUGUCAAACUUCACGGAUUUCCUAAAGAUAUAAAUCUGAGGGAAAAAUGGGUUGCUCAAAUAAAAAAAAAUGUUCCUAUUAUCAUAAAUCAGUAUACUAGGCUCUAUAGCAAACAUUUUACAAAUGAUGAUUACUAUCAAUCAUCCUUUGGAAAUGAUAUAUUGAAGGCAGAUGCUGUACCAUCUAGGUUCUUCUGUUCAAGAAAAUCAUUACUCCCAGAAUUUGAAAUUCGCGCAUCAAUGUCCACAAAUAAACCUAUUCUUACAGUAAAUGACAAUCUUGAGAAUCUUAUGUUAGAAGAAGAAAUAGUAGUAAAUGGUUAGUAUACAUUACAUAAAUUAAAACUUUUCCAUAUUUAUUUUUUAUAUGUUUAUUAUACAAGAUGAAAACAAUUCUGCAAAAAGUUUAUCAGAUAUAGAGAAAUAGUAGUAAAUGGUUAGUUUAUAAUUAUAACACAAAUUAAAACUUUUCCAUAUCUAUUGUUUAUAUGUUUAUUAUAGAAGAUGAAAACAAUUCUACAGUUUCAAUGAAUAAUGAUACAUAUUAUGAUACAGAAGUGACUACUCUGCAAGAAAAUGAAAAUAUUGAUAUUA